AUGACUGUUAUCGGGAAGAAACUGGUGAUUGUUGUUGAUGGAGAUUGUGGUAAGACAUGCUUUCUCAUAAUCUUCAGCAGGGACCAAUUCCUAGAGGCUUAUGUGCCCACCGUGUUUGAAACCCAUGUGGAAAGCAGGAUUGGCUGCUUGAAAAGCCAUCUUUGCAUUGUUCCCGGGUCCUGCUCUGCGCUCCCUGCAGCCCCCUUCUUCUCCUGCCUCCUCCUUCUCCUCCUCCACCAUGGGCUCCGGCAGCUGGCAGCUUUCUCGCCAGAGUCCUCGAACUCGAUUUCUUUUUCUCUUUCGCUGCAUCUCGGACAACCGGCGUGCCCCACCUUGUCAGACGCGGCAGUGGACACCAGCUCUGAGAUCACCAUCAAGGACUUGAAGGAGAAGAAGGAAGUUGUGGAGGAGGCAGAAAAUGGAAGAGAGGCACCUGCCAAUGGGAAUGCUAAUGACGAAAAUGGGGAGCAGGAGGCUGAUAAUGAAGUAGAUGAAGAAGAGGAAGAAGGUGGGAAGGGAGAGGAGGAGGAGGAAGAAGUUGACGGUGAGGAAGAGGAUGGAGAUGAAGAUGAGGAAGCUGAGGCUCCUACGGGCAAGCUGGUAGCUGAAGAUAAUGAGGAUGAUGAUGUUGACACCAAGAAGCAGAAGACUGAGGAGGAUGACUAGACAGCAAAAAGGAAAAGCUAAACUUAAGGCCACCGUGACCUAUUCACCCUCCACUUCCCUUCUCAGAAUUUAAACGUGGUCACCUUGGAGCAGAGAAGCAGGCCCCG